CUCAUAUCAUCUCAUAUUCCUCAAUCACUCUCACAUCCCACUCUCACUCUAUUUUCUUGACAGCUUGGGUUGCAGAUUCAGCCAUUUGCAAAAAUGAAGUGUUUCCUUGGGUUUUCCUUGAUAAUCUUUCUCACAUUUUUGAGAAGUGCUAAAGUCUAUGGAUCAUAUGGUUGGAAUAGUGCACAUGCUACUUUCUAUGGGGAAGCUGAUGCUUCUGGCACAAUGGGAGGAGCUUGUGGAUAUGGAAAUUUAUAUACUCAGGGUUAUGGGACUAACACAGCAGCACUAAGUACUGCUUUGUUCAACAAAGGAUCAACAUGUGGAGCUUGUUAUGAGAUCAAAUGUGUUGAUAGUCCAAAUUGUUUAAAAGGAUCUAUUACUGUCACGGCAACAAAUUUCUGUCCACCAAACAAUGCUCUUCCCAACAAUGCUGGUGGCUGGUGUAACCCUCCUCAGCAACAUUUUGAUCUUGCUGAACCUGUUUAUCUCAAAAUGGCUACUUACAGAUCAGGAAUCGUCCCUGUCUCUUACAGAAGGGUUACUUGCAAGAAGAGCGGAGGGAUAAGAUUCACAAUCAAUGGGCAUUCUUAUUUCAACCUUGUGCUCGUAACAAAUGUCGGUGGAGCUGGAGAUGUUGUAGCUUUGGCAGUGAAAGGAUCAAAAUCUGGUUGGAAAUCAAUGUCAAGAAAUUGGGGUCAGAAUUGGCAGAGCAAUGUUUACCUUGAUGGUCAAGCACUUUCUUUUAGAAUCACAACACGUGAUGGACAAAGAAUUGUGUCCAAGAAUGUUGCUCCUCCCAAUUGGUCUUUCGGUAAAACUUACUCCGGUCCGAAACAAUUCCGUGCAGCUAGUGAAGGCUCCAUGGAUUCCUCUGGCUCUCUCAAGCAAGAAAACCUUAAAUUUGGAUUGUAUCCACUUUGUCUUUUCACUUCCAUGUCUCUUCUUACUUCUCUAUGAUCUCUUUUUUCUCCAUGGAGUUAAGGUUGUGCGUCUCUUAUCCAGGCUGAAAAGGGUGGAACUUACAGAGUUGGUGCAACUGGAGAUAUCGACACCAUGGAGAUUUUGGACCAGCUGAUCAAGUAGCUCACUCCAGAAAGAGAAUCUCAAUGUGAUGUUUGGAGUGCAUUCCUGGUGAAUCAUGAUAUGCCAUGAAAUAACUUCCAACAAUUUUUGUAACUUUUAAGAAAAUUUUGCUUACCAAUCCGUAGUUAAUAAAUCGUCUUAUAUGACAUUAGUAGUUUCAUUAGAGCUUUAUUUAUCUCAAGGAUUAGAGGAUGUUUUUUUCUUUUUUUUUUUGAUCGUCUCAAUUAGAGGAUGUUAUGCAAGAAGCCAUAUACAGUACUUCUUCAAUCAAUUUGGUAUAGCGGUGUAAUCCAGGUUUGGGUUAAAUAAAACGAGACGUCUACUUUUUUUUU